GCAGUCUAUGCUAUGCCAAGCCACCUACCUGGGCGCUCGCUGUCCCACACAACCGCGAUCGUACCUGUACUGACUGUAGCGUACAAAAAGGUAAAUGCACGGGCAUCUAGAUCCUCUCUGACCACUGCGUUUGAAGGGAAAAAAGCGAAAAUCGUGUGUGCAAAGCGAGUUUACUUAAUUAAUACGUGGAUAAGUGUCGAACGAUGUAGUUUUUGUGCAUGGUUUUUGUAGUUUUGUCUACAACAAACACACACAAAUAACUAUGGCAAUAUGGCUUGUCAUAAUCACGAUAGUAGCAAAUUUCUUGGGAGCGAAAUUUUUGAAGAUAGACAAGGAAUGUACGGCGCACGCGAGCCAGUUGGGCGGUCAACAAAUAACUUGCGCAAAUGUUACAGCGAAAUUUUUCGAAAAUUUCACCAUCUCAUUGAACAGAGCCCACUGGAUGACCUGCACGAACUGCACCUUGGGGAUUUUGGAUGAGAACACCUUUAAUUUCCCCAGGAACAACAUCAGUUUUUUGUUUCUGAAUAAAGCGAAUGUUAGGAUGUUGAAGAGAUUUGCUUUCGUUAGGUUGUCAGUACUGAAAGUUUUAAUUUUGAAGGAGAAUUGUAUCGAGAAUAUUGACCAAAAAGCUUUAAGCAGUAUUAAGAAGUUGACGCAAUUAGAUUUAAGUAAAAAUAACAUAAGAAUACUUACUAAUAAUUUAUUUAUUGAUUUGGAGAACUUGGACAUACUAAGCCUAAAUUUUAAUGGUAUAUUUUAUAUACAACCGGACGCUUUUGUAGGCCUUAAAAAUUUGAGGUAUUUGUACUUGAGUAACAAUUUCUUGACUAAACUUGAAGAAAAAAUGUUCAAAUAUGUAACAAGCUUAAAAAUCCUGUAUUUGGAAAACAAUUGUAUUUUCGAUAUACACUACUUGGCGUUUUAUAACUUACAAAAUUUAAACUACUUAUAUGUAAACAAUAACAGCAUAAACUAUUUAGUACAAUUUAACUUUAAGCCUUUGUCUAGUCUGAUAGAUUUGCAGUUAAGAUUCAACAACUUAACGGAGAUUCAAACGAGUUCCUUUAACGGCUUGAAAAGCCUGAAAUUUUUGUAUUUGGGCGACAACCAAAUAAGUAGCAUUAAGCCCUACGGUUUUAUAGGGCUGGAAUCAUUAGAAUACCUGGAGAUGAAUAAUAAUAAUUUUGAAAUCAUCAACUAUACUGAACUCUGUGAUAUAAAAAACUUGAAAGUUCUGUGGUUGGAAAAUAAUAGUAUAAGUAAUUUUCAAAUUGAUUAUAAAUCCGAAGUACAAAAUUCCUUGGUAGUUUUAGGGCUUGGAUACAACAAUUUUACCGUUUUAAAUUAUAAAUUGCUGUACAAUAAAGUACCGAACGUGAAGGAUAUUUACGUUAAUGAUAACGAGUGGAAAUGCGAGCUUUUUGUAAAUAUGUACAAUUUUUUCGAUAGUUUUAACGUUAGCCUCUGUAGCAAUAACAAUUGUAAUCCUAACGCAACCAAAACUUACAUUGAUACUCUCUGUAAUCCAGUAAAAAGUGAUGACAACUUAGACGAUAACAAUUUUCCCAUGGAUUUUUCCACUGAUAGUUCCAGUAGCUUAGCAAAACUCAGUAUUAUAGUUUUUAGUGCUAUCCCCAUUUUAUUUGUUAAUAUGUAAAAUUUAUUUAUUUAUGAAAUUUUUUAUCUACCUCGUUUAUUUUGUUAUGGCUUUAAUUUAGAAUAAAAC